AUGCGGAGCGUGACUAUAUUGUUCGUCUUUGCGGGCUUGGUUGGGUACGCCUUUGCUGGCUUACACCACCAUCUUGCCCAUGGCCAUCGCCGUCGCCAAUUGAUUCCACAUGCCGAGAAUCUGGAACCGAGAGACCUGGCCUGGGAUGGCCAGGUCAAUAUCCCAGGUGAUGUCGUGGUUGAAUCCAUCACUCGAACUACCACGACAACGGUUUUUGGAUACUGCGCACCAACCAGUACUUCUCGCUCUACGCUUACGCUCGUGAAAGCGAAGGCUGAGCCCACAGUAUAUACAACCAAUCACCUGGCGCACAAUCAUACACCUCCCGCGCCAUUCCAGGCCCAACGGGACCAACCUGAACCGCAGCCCGGACCUCCAGCCCCCAAGCCAACGGAGUCUGAGGAGACUACUACCAUGUACAACACAAAGACAAUCACCAAGACGGCAACACAUACAGUAAGGGUGACCGUGCACCCCGGAGCCAACCCUACGCACGUUGCAGACUCAUCUCCCAGGAACCCCUCGAAGGCAGGGAAUGCCAUUCCGUUGGCAAGAACCCUCCCCAAGGGCUCGACAGAAGAAAGAAAGAAUAUCCAAACCAAAAACACCCCUCCCCCUCCCCCGAACAGUGGACCACUCAACGCCGUCUUCGAUCUACCAGGCCAAGUCAUCCCAGAUAUCCAUGUGAUCGACCAGAUCCUCCCAGGCUCCCAACCAGCCCAGUCCGCACCAUUGGACUGGACUGCAACGGUACCGGGGGAUAGAUUCCUGAGCAAAGGGUUCGGAGGACGGACCUCUACACAUGGCAAGGAGAUCCACUAUCAUGGCAACGUCGGCACGCCCUGGGGAAGCAAUAUCAUCACUAUCAGACCCGAACAAGCACACCAAUACAAGUACGUGGCACAGUUCACGGGUUCGAAUGUAGAGCCCUGGACUGUCGUUUUCUGGAACAAGUUUGGGCCUGAUGGUAAAAUGACUGGGUGGUAUGGUCAUUCGGCCGUGUCUUUUAGUCUUGCGCCCGGCGAGACGCGCUAUGUUGCUUUCGAUGAGGACUCUGAGGGUGCGUGGGGUGCUGCCCCUGGAGACCAUCUGCCCACUGAUCAAUUUGGUGGAUAUUCCUGUACCUGGGGCGAGUUUACAUUUGGUGAUGGCGAGAAUCAUGGCUGGUCGGGCUGGGAUGUUUCGGCUAUUCAGGCGCAGGCUGCCCGUCACCACGUGCAGGGAAUGUCGAUCUGUCAGGCUAAUGGGAAGGGAUGCUCGAUUAUCACUCCCCAUGCUAAGAAAGUGGUUGAUGCUUAUACCCAUUCAAAGAAGCACCUGAAUGGUAUUGGCGGCUCGGCGGCUCCUGGUCCUGUGCGAUUGAAGGUGCUGCUUGAUUAUCGCGGUUGA